GACGGUCCGCUCCCAUGCGCGAUCGGAUAGCUGCGCACUUAGGCACGUCGCCUUCUGUAGCAAUAGGUAUAUUCAAGUUCUCUCCUAGAUCGGUCGGAGAGAAUGCGACAUACGUCCCCUGAAUAACUUGCUUAAAAUUACACUUUCUCUCGACGGUUGGGGUGAAAGCUCAUCUGCGAUUCAAGACCAUCGCAUCUGAAGGUCAAGUUGGACAGAUUAUGGAAACCAGGGGUUAUACACAAUUGGAUCGCGCAAACGUCUUAAGAACCCUGGAGUCUCGAUUAUCAGCCAGCCAGGACGCGGUUCAAGGCCCACAGGUUCAGCUCUUCCGAGUCAAUUCGCCUACUCCUGAUACAGCACCGCCGAAUUUCACAAUGCCGCACUGGAAACCUGGCGAAGAGUCUCCCAAUGAGGAACCAUCGAAAGAUGUACGCGCAACAACACCUUCCGAACAUCUCAUCCAGUCAUACAACAAACGGAUUCAAGUCAUGCAAGCUAUCAUAAACCAACUCCGUACUGCAGAGAAGGAUCGUCACAACGUGGAAGACGAUCUGAAGAAGGUGCGCGAAGAGCUCGAUAGGGCAAAGACAAGGAUCGGCAAUCUCGAAGAUGAACUCGAGCAAAGUGUAGAAGAACUCAAGGCUGCGAUCGAGCAACGUGACGUGGCCAUUGAAAACGCCAAUAGGUACUGCAAGGAGGCCGAAGCAGCCGGUAAGAGGUGUAGCCAACUCGAGUACACUAAUAAGGGGCUAUGUACCGUCCGAGAGGAUGAUGACAACGCCUGCAACGAUGUCGUCCGCCUUCAUAACGUCAUCUGGGGAUCGCGACCCAUCUUUGAUGAAUCGCUGAAUCAACGACUCAUGGAACAUGCCGCUCGGGGUUCUAGUUUUGCUGCCACGCGCGAUUUUAUCGAUUAUGAUGUCAGGCCUGGUGAAAGGAGGACGCUGAUUGUCGCGUAUUCGAAAGCCCCUGAUGGCCCGGUACGAUGGCUCGUUGUUGAUGAAAACGUUGAAAUGAAGUUUGAUCUCUAUUGAAUUCAGGGGUGUUGUAUCUCAUAUGUGAAUAAAUCUGACCUACAUCUACCUGAUUCAGCCUAUUCAAUAAGGGGUAACCCGGAUUCGGGUUAAAUUUAUCAUGGACUUGCCGGUUUAACAGUCGG